AUGGGAUUGAGAGAUUUAUUAGGCAUCCGAGGGAAGAAAGAACAAGCGAGCAGUUCGAGCAGUCGAGCAUCGGAACAGUUGGAUGAAAUUGUUCCCGCGCCGAGCACAUCAUCCACGGCGCAGACGCCGGCCGAUUUGAGCGGCGGAUUUGGAACGACGUCGUCCGCCUCCUUAGCAAAUACAGGCGGCGGCGGUUCUUCGAUGCCGUAUAAUCCGUACACUGGGUUGGGCGGGCCGUUCGACCCGGGGAUGUCGCAAAAGUUAUACUCCAUAAGCACGACUCCAGAGUACUUAUUCGACGAAGAAAGGCAGAUGCGAACGAGAUCAUGGAGCGAAAACUUGACGUAUUUGACAGGUGUGGGGUACCUCGGCGGCUCCGUCGCCGGAGGAGGAAUAGGUUUGUAUAAAGGAUUGCAAACGCCUAGAGAAUCAAUUGGAAUCGAUACGACAAAGUUAAAAGUGAACAGAGUGCUGAACGCAGUGUCGUACAGAGGGAGGACGUUCGGAAACGCUUGGGGUGCGGUAGGAUUGUUUUACGCCGGUUUAGAAUCGGCGUCGAUGAUUUACACGGAACACAGAUUUGAUCCGGCGUGUAGCGUUUUUGCUGGCGCCGGCGCUGGUGUUUUGUAUAAGAGCAUGAACGGUCCUCGAGCGAUGGCUGUUUAUGGAAUAGGUGGUGGCGCUUUAUCCGCACUUAAUCAAGCAAUUCAAUCGUUCCUUUGA